UUCUGCCCCGAAAGGUUCGCCGACGAGAAAAGGAAAAAAGUCACCAACGAGGAGUCCUAGGUCAAAAUCAAAGGGACGUUCCAAAUCUAGCCGACCUCCGACCAGACGGAAUGUAAAUGAAUCUCCAAAAUCUAAGAGUGCGGAUCGAGGUGGACGUCCAAAAAAGAAUUCUUCGGUUGGGAGGAUAAGGUCCAAGUCCGAUAGGUGCGACAAACAUGAUUUGCUUCAAUUUUCUUUAAGAAUAACAGAAGACAUUAUCAAAAAUGAUUUGUAUGGAAAUGACGACAUGAUGGCCGUGCUCAAUAGCCAUUAUAUGGCAAAUAAAGGUGUUCUAGAUGAGGAUCAAAUGGUGAAAGCUAUUGUGGAUUUGUGCAAAGAACUGAAUAUACCUUUUGAUGUUAAAGUUCUGGACGAACAUUACGAGUAUUUUCAAAGGCCAAAAACGCCAAUAACUGGAGCACAGACCACCUGCAUCUGUUCAGAAGUAGCGUUAGAUGAAGAAGACGGGUGCGCUUGUUACUGCGAGUGCAAAAACGAGAGGAAACCUCCCAUCGAGUGUAACGCCCACAACGACAACGAAGAGGAGGAUCAUAAGUUCUCUGAGGUUCAGAUUUAUCCAAUUUUGAUGGAUUUACUGGAUCUCGCGCAUACCAAAAGCAACGAACUGAACAGAUCCAGCAAUGAAGACCAGAGUUUGAAAAACGUGCUCAAAACUUUGAAAGCCAGUAAAAAACCGCCGCGAUGCGAAUGCGGAGCUGCGUCCUGCGAUCCGAGCACGUGCGAAUUGUCGAGCACAGAAUUGCUUAAAACGGAAGUUCCGGUCGAAGAUGUGCCAGAAGGAGAGGAAGAUGAAGCAGUUAUCGAAGAGCAGGUCCCAGAAGAGGCGGUUAUCGAAGAGCCGCCACAACCCGAAACUAAAGACGUGGGCUGUGAUUGUUUAGAUCAAGAUUGUACAAAGGAUAAAUUCUUGGCUUAUUUAGAGUAUUUCGAGAAGCACAUAAGUCACGUUAAACAUCUUAGGGCACUAGAUACACAUCAUCAAAUGACCACGAUUGAGCCUAAAAAGAUCGAAACGCAAGAUUUAUCUGUUCAAACGAGUAAUGAUCAUUUUCCCGCUACUCCGGUACGUUCACAGGUGAUGCCAAAGCAGAAGCAAACGGCUUCUUUUCAAUGCGGCUGCAGUUUAGAGAAUAAAGCGAAGUCGACCAAUUUGAGAUCUCGUCCUAAAGCUGAAGUCAACAGACAACCUAGUUACGUGCAUUCUGAAACGGAGCAAUACUUAGUACUCAAGGGACCAAUUUACAUUCCGAAAGCGCCUUCGGAUAAAAAUUCUGAAUUUGUGACACUCUACUCUCCAGAAUCUUGCAAUUGCGGAAACCAGACUCCCUCGAAAUUGAAAAACUGUAUGUCAAAAUCCCAAUCGAACGUCACCACUUCCGGUUAUGCAAGCCACUCCUCCACCAAUCGCGAAUCUCCACGUGAUCCUUUUUCCUGUGCUUGUUUCAAAGGAAUCAAAAUGAAAAAAUGCGAGCAGAGUUCUCGAUACGAGAAGAGCACAAUAAAACAGAAGGAACUAUGGAAUCCCGAUAACUAUCACGAUUACGAUCUAACUCCGCAGAAGGAUACUUUUCUCGCCGAAACCACAAAACCAUCCAAGUGCGGCUGUUCUAAAAGCAAUAAUUUGCUACUUGGAAAUCAUUAUAACGUAACUACUGUCCAAGACGACAAUAACAUGUCCUAUUUCUUUCCGACAAUAGCAACGCAACAAAUGCAACAGGACGAUAUUCAGAAACCGAAGCAUGCCAUGAUAGAGUCGGAUAUCCCGGAGAAGGAAGAAGAAGAAAAUGGAAAAACAAAGGAAAAAUUUAAAGAAAUGAAUGAACAAGACGUGCUGAAAAAGCUGGACAGGAUAACCGCUGCGGCAAGUAUGAGCGAUCCUACUAUACCCGAUGACGCGUCCAGCUUGAGCGCAACGAGCCCUUCUGAAGAAACAGUAGAAAAUUUGUCCAAAGAAUCUAUAGAAAAUAGAGAACGUAAUGUAAGUAUCGUUGAUGUUAUGGAGGUAAUGAAGGAUGCUCAAAGUUUGAAGAAAACGUCGACCUACGCAAAUCGCAUUCAAUCGAGAAAGUAA